AUGGUUGAAUAUAAUGCACUGUUGAGCAACAACACAUGGGAUAUUGUUGAGUUGUCAGCUGGAAGGAAAGCUAUUGGUUGCAAGUGGCUUUUCAAGGUUAAGAAAAACGCUGAUGGAUUCGUUAAAAGACUGAAAGCCGAAUACAAAAGUUUGACGGAUGUAACUUCUGAAGUGAUGUGGGUGAAGGCGGUUCUACAUGAGAUAGCAGUUCCUUUGCUAGAAGCACCAAAGGCUAUUGCAAGCUUGAUGGUGGAACCGACCACAAUGCUGCUCAACAAAUGGGCAACCCUAAUAAAUUCUGGUCAAUCCGAAAUAGAUGUCGAAAGACAAAUUACAACAGCGGCGAGGGGGAUUAUAGCGAGGUAG